AUGGUAGUGAACGUUCCGCGCGUAGUCUUUCUCUGCUGUGGUAUGUUCGCGAUUGCUCACAGUCUGGCCAGUGAGGCAGCGACGACUACAGGGGUUGUGCCUGUAACGCCAGAGCGGCAGAUGAGCGAUGAAUCUGGAGGUGCGACCUUUCUGAACAAUUGGUACUGUAGCGGCACAGUGAUCAAUUUCGGGUAUCACGCCACCGCAGCGUCUUGCGAGGCUCAGAUAUUUGACAACACCUCAUGCGGCUCCGACUUCAUGCAGCCCACUUACCCGUCCUGGGGUUGGGGGUGCAGAUGCUGUGCUCCUGCCGCGGGCAAUGACCACUACAACACCAAUUGGUAG